AUGGCGAGUGAAACUGCGUUGUUGAGUGGGAAGCCGUGCAUUACAGCGGGUUGUGGUAAUACGUCUCGGUUACAAUGUCCUACGUGUAUCAAACUGAGUAUACAGGGAUCUUACUUCUGCUCUCAGGAAUGUUUCAAGGGAAAUUGGAAUGCUCACAAAGAGGUUCACAAAAAGGAAAGAAUCAAUCAGCAAUUGAACACUAGAACCUACAACCCGUGGCCUGGAUACAUGUUCACAGGAAAACUGCGCCCUCAUCCUUUGUCUCAGCCACGUACUGUUCCAGAUCAUAUAGGAAGACCAGAUUAUGCAGAUCAUUCUGAAGGUUAUCCAGCAAGUGAGAUGGCUGUUAAAGGAAGCACACAGAUCAAGUGUUUGCCGGCAGAAGAUAUUGAAGGUCUAAGAGUAGCUUGCAGGCUCGGAAGAGAAGUUUUAGAUAUCGCUGCUGCUAUGGUUAAACCUGGUGUUACAACUGAUGACAUUGAUGAAGCUGUGCACAAAGCCUGUGUAGAGAGGAAUUGCUAUCCUUCACCAUUGAACUAUCAUAAAUUCCCUAAGUCCUGUUGCACGUCAGUGAAUGAGGUCAUAUGUCACGGCAUACCAGAUAAACGCCCAAUGGAAGAUGGAGAUAUUAUGAAUGUUGAUAUUACUGUUUAUCACAAUGGUUUCCAUGGCGACUUGAACGAGACAUUCUUCGUCGGCAAUGUAGACGAGAAGAGUAAAGAACUGGUAGCCGUUACCCACAAGUGUCUACAGCUAGCUAUUGAUGAAGUGAGACCUGGCGUACGUUAUCGUGAGAUGGGAGACAUCAUCCAGAAACAUGCCCAGGCUCAUAAGUACUCGGUGGUACGAACUUACUGCGGUCAUGGUAUUCAUAGGUUGUUCCAUACUGCUCCAAGUGUUCCUCAUUAUGCAAAGAACAAGGCAACAGGUGUGAUGAAACCAGGUCAUGCUUUCACCAUUGAACCAAUGAUAUGUGAAGGUUCAUGGAGGGAUGACACCUGGCCGGAUAACUGGACAGCAGUCACUCAGGACGGUAAACGGUCAGCCCAGUUUGAACACACGCUCUUGGUGACCGAGACUGGAUGUGAGGUUUUAACGGCCAGAAGAGAAAAGAACGGUCAGCCGCACUUCUUAGAUCAGAUGUAAAUGUCGACUACUUAAGGACGCUGGCUUCUUUCACAAAUGUUCAAUGUUACAAAUACUUACACUGUAAAAUUUCAGAAAUAUACGAUCUUUACUUUCAAUACAUUUGUCAUUUUAGGUUUUAGAAUUGCAGAAAUAAAAACAUGGGUGAAGUACCAAUGGGUUUAUGUAAUUGUAAUAUAGGGCUAGAUAGCUCAUAAAAAAGUUAACCUAUUUGAAAGUAGAUUACUUUUUCAUGAGUAGAUUAGGAACGGGCAAUUGAAUAAUUUAAAGUUUCAGAAACUCUCUUGGAUGGGUCAGACUAUCAUAAUGUUGGUUAUUUUUGUAUAAAUGACGUGGUGUUUUAUAAGCAUUUGGGUAGAGGAUUGAACGCAAGAAUGUUGAUAAGAUCCCGCCAUGGGUUGAAAAUAAAGCAUUUUCAAAUUACAAAUAAUUAUAUUGUGUUAAGGACACUAGGAUCCAGUGAGGUUUGUGGAGACACCAUGUAAGAAAAGCUCAUAAGAGCUGUGGAGGAACUGAGAAAAACCAGUAGUUUAAGAAAUCAUUCAGGCCUGUAUCAUUUUUGAAAGAGCAAGGGCACCAAGGCAUUUUGAGGAAAACAAUUUCCACUGGAGCAUUUCAAGGGCACCAAGGCAAUGACUAGGGGGCAUGGAGGCAAUCGCCAUCGUUGUCUCCGUGAAGUGUCCGGCCUGUGUUUCAACAUUCUCCUAAAGACAAUCGGAGCAUACUGAUCGAAAUAUCAAGUUGUUAGACCACGGGUUCUUCUCAGAACCAACACGGCUCAUGAAGAGAUUUGUUACAUGGUCUCUCCACAAACCUCACUUGGUUGUUUCUUCACCACGCACUGUUUCAAAUCCUACACACUAAAGUAAGCCGUUACUACUUUGAUAUGAUGACUAAAGAAAACAAUAAAUAAUUACAAUUUCA